AUGCACAGAACUCAUUCAAGCUCAAAACAUAUUACAAAUUCUUCAUUUAGUCCUAUUAAUAGAAGCCAAGCCCAAGAAAUAAUUAGCAUAUAUAUGAUGUCCCUUUAUUUUUGACACCCCAAAAGAAAAAUUAUAAAAUUCUCUCCAUUUUGACGAACAGUUACUUCCCCAAAUUAGAAGACUGAUAGAGACUCCAUCACGUUUCGAAGAAAAUUCUUCGAUGUCUUCAUUGACUCCUUGCGUACUCCAAUGUUCUGAGACAGCAUUAAGAGCAAGGCUGAAAGCCGGAGGAGGGAAAUGUUGGCAUACAUACCCAGGGAGGUUUGCUAUAGAAAUUGCCCGAUAAUGGCGCUCAAUGCGCCAUCAUCGGGCAGUCAGUAUAGCAGCUGAACGAAGACUCGUUUCUUGUGAGACGUAAAAAGAGGAGAGCCUUAUCUAUAAUUAAUGCUAAUGUCUUCAUUGACUCCUAUUUCUACAUCCAAAAUAGUUUAUCAAAUUCUCAAUGAGCGGCCUUCUCGAAAAAAUCGUUUGAGGCGCUCCAGCAAAAGAGGAAAAAGUAUGGAAAAUCUGAACAAUAGCAAAAUGACUGAUGCUAGUUUCCCAAAAAUAUAUAAAAAUCACAAUAAAAUCAAAUGUAAGAAGUGCGUAAAGUUCUCAUAUUUAUUUGAAAAGGCACUGAUUGAAUAA